GCUCUCGAAUCAUACAAAUCUAUAAUGGACAACAUCGAGAACACAACGAAGGCCAGCUGCCUCGACUGGUCCACUGGCAAGCCUUCAGUAAUCUCACCGAGGCUAUAGUCCUCACCCCCACCUCACCCAGAUUUCCAGAAACAAUGUAGUGCGCUCGCUGCAUCCGAUGACCGUAUUCUUCGCGCAGAGAUCCCUGGCCAAGAUCCAUAUGGCUACGAUGCAGAACCAGAUUUCUUCCGGGGAAUGCAUGGACAUCCUCAAAUUUUUAGACCACGAUCUCAGCAGCGCCCUGGGCGCUUCAAGAACUUCAGGCUCACUGUGACAAGGAGCCCUCGGUCAGGUCCUCCACCAGCAUCGACACCAGCACUGCCCACCGCCUUGCCACCAGCUGCCGAACCUACCGCUUUCAAAGCUCAGCUACGACACUUAUUCACCUGGCGGUCUGAUCAUGCAGCGCCGGCCAUCGUCACGGUCGAUGUUCCUUUCGCGCAAGCUAAAGAGCGCAAUGCUGCAGCGGGUGCUCCUAAGCCAGACGAGGAUGUGGUACCUGAUGAAUACCUUGAUGAUCACCCACCAAACCCCGAUACACAACAGCAAUCUACAGUAGCGCAGGUAGACACUGGGGAACAUGGAGAUCACUGCAAGCCGCGUCGUGCGGGCGAUGCGGCAGAAAGUCUUGCCGACACGGUACUUCUGCGAGAAGCCAAAGUUUCGAGCUCAAGGACAACGUGCCUUGGAAGUGUCAAUCACAGUGAGGAAUCAGAAUAG